UUGAAAUUGAAGAAGCUUGCAAAGAGGUGGUAGUUAUCAAAAAAGAGCACAAGCUAGUGGAGCUUGCAAAUUCAUUAGAAACACCUCCCCCUAAGUUCACUACAAGAGAGGCGGAGAAUAACGGCAAAAAAUUACCAGCCUUUUACUCAACCGCCGCAAAUUUCAGGGAUACCAGCGAUUGAUUUUCAUGUGCCGCUAAUCGGGAUCUUUAUCAUCAUUUAUCCUCUUUCUCUUUUAUCUUAUAACUAAUAAUUCCCCUAAAGCUGCAGAAACCAGCGAACUAAGAUUGGUAGCGCGCGAAGCCCUAACGUUGCUGCUCCACUGUGCGCCACUGCUGCCCAGCUAUCCUCCUCUCUCUGGCGUCGACCUUUCGCCUCUCCUCUAUAGUACGUGAAACCCCUACUCCCUCCUCCUCCAUGGUGCACGAAAUCCCUAAUCUUUGCUCCACCCUGCGCCUCUAUGGGGUUGUGGAGUUGUGCGGCUGCCAUCCGUCCUUCUCUUCCCGGCGUCGACCUUUUGGCUCUCCUCCACAGUGCGCGAAACCCCUGCUUCCUCCUCCACGCUAUUUGUCAUCAAUUAAGAGUGUGCUCCAUAUAUUGUUACAUACUUACAUACAUGAGAAAGUCCAGAGAGAACAGAACACAACACAGCUACAAAUUUGGAUUGCAAUUUGUUCAGGACGUGGAAUAAAUUCGCUUAGUAAUUUGGUUAUUCAACUUAGGGAAGUCUGUAACCAUCCUAACCUCUUAGAGUCUGCCUUUGAUGGUUCAUGGCUUUAUCCUCCUGUAAAUGAGAUAGUUGAACAAUGUGAAAAAUUUUGUUUGCUUGAACGGCUGUUGAAAAGGUUAUUUGCAAAGAAACACAAAGUAUGUUCACCAAUUAUGUGAUUGUUUCUCAAUACAUUAUUUUAUUUUCUCCAAGCUGUUAUGGUUAUUUGUGUUUGCCAAUUGCUUUUAGGUUUUGAUAUUCAGUCAGUGGACCAAAGUGUUAGACAUACUAGAUUACUAUUUUAGUGAGAAAGGCUUUGAAGUUUGUGAAAUUGAUGGUAGUGUUAGACAUACUGCAUUAGCAUGAGCCGUUAAUCUAGAUUUAUUUGUUGCUCUUGUUAUAAGUUUUAUAUACUUAUUUAGAUUUUUAAUCCAAUAAUCUAGAUUUAUUUA